AUGAACAUCUUUCUUCGAAGUACUGCCUAUGAGCGUCAUGAGCAACAAAAGCAGUUGCAGACGGCCGAUUUGCUGUCAAACAUUGCUGGCAGUAUGGGCUUGUUCCUCGGCAUGAGUACAGUGACUCUUCUCGAGAUCUUCAUCUAUCUGUUCAAAUCUGUCUGGGGUACGGUGAACACGGAACGGCAGAAGCAAUUCAUGGAAGCAAUGAUGGAAGAGGAGAAUGAACGACGACAGAGUCUUGUCAUUGUUGAAGAACCGCGUAGAAAGGUUGUUUAG